CGCUGUAACCAAAGGGCUUACACAACCACCGGUGAUACUUCACUACCACUCAAGUUCCCGCUUCCACCAAAAGUUUCCCCCCAACCCCAUAUCCUUGAGAUCGGAUUUCUUCUUUCUCCCCUCAAUUUUCUCCCCUCCCUGCUUCCUUUUUGCUGCAUCCUUCCAGGAGUUCAUCUAUAUACCUCUCACGUUUGCAGUCUCCCUAUAGUACCUUCAAACAUCUCACUACUGCUGGCCCUAGAUAAAGAGGCCUCCUUUUUUUUUUUUUUUAAAAAAAAAAGGGAAAAAGUCGAAAAGAAAGAGAAAGGAGCUCUCGUCUUUCUCCAUCCGUUCCUAGAAUAAUUGAUAAACGGAGAUACAAUCUUCCUUUUCUUCUUCUUUCCUUUCCCUCUUCCUUUAUAGAAGAAAUACCAGAGUUUUACCAAUCAUGUCUGUCGUCGGAGUCGACCUCGGAGCGCUCAAUACUGUGAUUGCGGUGGCUAGGAAUAGGGGUGUUGAUGUUGUGAGUAUUGGUUCUUUUCUUCAUCCUUCACUUUCAUCUUCUCUCUCAUGGUGGGGCCAGGUGAAAUCUUGCGAUCGAUAAAAAGAGGAGAUUUGGGACUGACGCUUCUUUUCCAACCCGUAGAUCACCAAUGAAGUAUCUAACCGUGCAACACCGUCAGUCUACCCCCCACCAUUCUUAUUGACCUUCAUUUCACCUACCCUUUGUCCCCGGUUUCGUCUGGGGGAUUGCUUUCUUGCUUGGUGAUGGGUUUACUGAAUAUUCGAUGUUUAGCUCGAUGGUUGGGUUCGGUCCCAAGAGUAGAUACCUAGGUGAAGCGGCAAAGACCCAAGAGAUUUCGAACCUCAGGAACACCGUCUCCGGACUCAAGCGUCUUGCCGGCCGAAGGUUUGGUGAGCCGGAACUCGACAUCGAGAGGCAGUUCGUCUCAGUAGAUCUCGUCGAAGCGAAGGGUGGUGAAGUCGGUGCUAGAGUAAAGUACCUGGGUCAGGAUGAGGUUUUCACGGGUACCCAAUUGAUUGCGAUGUUCUUGUCCAAGGUUAGGCAGACGGCAUCGGCGGAACUCAAGCUCCCAGUCUCGGAUGUCGUGCUUAGUGUUCCUCCUUGGUUUACCGAUGCUCAGCGUCGUAGUAUCAUGGAUGCUGCCGAAAUUGCUGGCUUGAAGCUCCUCCGGUUGAUGAACGAUACCACUGCCACUGCUCUCGGCUAUGGCAUUACCAAGACCGAUCUCCCGGCCGGUGAGGAGAAGCCCCGCCGUGUUGCAUUUAUCGAUAUCGGCCACAGCAAUUAUACUUGCUCCAUCGUUGCUUUCAAGAAGGGCGAGUUGACUGUUUUAUCUACCGCUUACGAUAGGCAUUUUGGUGGACGGAAUUUCGAUAAGGCACUCAUCGAUCAUUUCGCAAAGGAAUUCAAGGAAAAGUACAGGAUUGACGUCUACACCAAUCCUAAGGCGUACUUCCGUGUUGCUGCUGGUGUCGAAAAGUUGAAGAAGAUUCUUUCGGCAAAUGCUCAGUCUGUGUUGAAUAUCGAGUCUGUUAUGAACGACGUUGAUGCUUCAUCAAUGCUGAAGAGAGAGGAGCUCGAGGAACUUGUCAUGCCCCUUCUCGGUCGUGUUACUGUUCCCUUGGAGCAGGCUCUUGCGGAUGCUGGUUUGUCGAAGAGUGAUAUUGACGCAAUCGAGCUAGUUGGUGGAUGUACCCGUGUUCCAUCGCUGAAGGACAAGAUCGCCGACUUCUUCGGAAAGCCGCUAUCCUUUACUCUCAACCAGGACGAGGCUGUAGCACGCGGAUGCGCUUUCGCUUGCGCUAUCCUCUCGCCGGUUUUCAAGGUUAGGGACUUUUCCGUGCACGAUAUCGUCUCAUACCCUAUCGAGUUCACUUGGGAGCAGUCAAACGAUAUUCCGGACGAAGAUACUAGCCUUACUGUUUUCAAUAAGAAUAAUGCCGUCCCAUCGACUAAGAUUCUUACCUUCUACCGCAAGGACCCCUUCGACUUGGAAGCCAAAUAUGCAGAGCCCAACAAGCUUCCGGGAGCCAUGUCCCCAUGGAUUGGGAGGUUCUCCGUUAAAGGCGUGAAGGCAGAUUCCAAAAAUGACUUUAUGAUUUGUAAAUUGAAGGCUCGUGUUAACCUUCACGGAGUCCUGAAUGUUGAGAGUGGAUAUUGGGUGGAGGAGGUUGACGUGGAGGAGGAGAUCAAAGAAGAGGGCGAUGUGAGUUUAGCCAUUUCUAGUCAAACAAGUGCCCUGCACUCCUCCCCUCCUAUCGGUUUUGAGGAAACUCGGGAUUUAUCGAGUCGCCAGCAUCAUCCAUCUGCUGCUUCCGGUGGCCCCCCGCCGCCCCGCAAACGCGUUAAAAUGGCCGAUGAUCUGUUACUGACUGGGCAGCAGGCUAUGGAGACGGAUGAAAAUGUCAAGCCUAAGACAUGUAAGGUUAAGAAGCAGGUUAAGGGCGGUGAUUUGACGGUUCUCAGCACCACAGCCACCAUCGACCAGACUCUUAAGAACAUCUAUAUGGAGCGCGAAAUCGAGAUGGUCAUGGAGGACAAGCUGGUUGCUGACACCGAGGAUCGCAAGAACGCGCUCGAGGAGUACAUCUACGAACUCCGGGGCAAGCUUGACGAUCUUUACUCUAAAUUCGCUUCCGAGGACGAAAAGAGCCAGCUCAGAUCUAUCCUAGAUGAUGCCGAGGUUAGUUUCCUGCCCCCACCCUUUCCAUCCCCACUAUACCGAGAUCGGUUAGAUACUAACAGUGCUAUAGAACUGGCUCUACGAAGAGGGUGAAGACACCUCCAAAGCAAUUUACGUCUCCAAGAUUGAGGAGCUUCGUUCUCAUGCCGGCCCCAUCGCUCAACGCUACUUCGAUAGAGAGGAGGAGAAGCGCCAGGCAGAAAUAGCGAAGCAACAGGAGGAAUACGCCAUGAGAAAAGCCCAGGAAGAUAUGGCUAAAAGGCGUGAGGGAGGAGAUAACGAUAGAAUGGAUACGGAUAAGGCUUAGAUUCCUUGUUUAUUUUUUUCUUUAUUCAUUCUUCAUGUUUUCACCUUUCCCCUGCUUCUCUUGUCCUUUUUAUUCUUCUUUCUUCUUAAUAGCCUUCACGCUCACUAUCCUCAUCAUCCUACCGCUUCUCCUUUCAUCUAAAACAACUUUAUUCCUUCCUCUUAGUAUUCUUGUGAAGCUUUUGUUGGCCUUGAGGUUUUGGGGGGAUCCAUGCGAGUCAAUUAUUGAAUCCCUUACUUUACACCAUGAUAAAUUUUAGGGGAAGAAGAAGAAAAGAAGCGCAAAGGCUCGUCCUUGUUGGCUUUGAUUUGUCUGGCUCGCUUUCUUUGGUAGCGGUUAAUGAAUCAUUUAUCUUUCCUACUUCCAGUUUCUCCUGAAAAGAAAGGGCUGGAAUUGCCUAGCUGGUCGGUAGCAUUGGAUUUAUUUCUUUCCAAAAAUUACAUUUUUCUUCCCUUGAGAAGGGCGAGGCGGAGGAGGGGGGUGUUGCGAUGUGAUGUGAUUGGUAUUCAUUUCCCUUUUUUUGCUUCAUUUCGUUUGAGCGGGUUUAGGAGGGAGGGAGGGAAGGAAGGAAGAUGGGAUGGGAUGGGAUGGGAAGAGGGAUGGACGAUUACGGGACAUAAAUGAAAUAGAUGUGAUACAUAUUUUUAUUUUAUUUCCUUAUUCAUUGCUGCUGUCUAAGUCCGGCGUGAUUGGCACGAUUGUGCUGUGGAUGGUAUUCUGUCGGUAUGUCCCAGUGGUAAUUUGGAGAUUACAGUACUGUACAGUACGCUGGGGGCCAAGUAGGAAUCGGGGAAUCCUUUCUCUUGCUCAGUGUGUCUUUGGAGGUAGAGGGUUUGUUUUCUGGCGCUUUUUGGUGACUUGGGUGUUGGUGGGAAUGGGACUGCAUGUGGCAGUUGGUGUUAUCGGAAACUAGAAUACGGUAUGGUAUGUAUGGUAGCCAUGGUGGAGGCCUUCCGGCCUUUUAUAUCUGCUCCGCAUGCAGUUACGUUAUUAGACUUUCUCUCUCACCAUUUCAUUCUCAUCUUUUCACUCUCUUUUCCUGUUCCACCACCCUACCCCGGGGAAAGUCUUUGUGCCCGCCACGAGGUGCGAGGAACCUCCCCUUUGGAGUAUGGCUCCUGUAUAGGAGGAUUUCGUGAUCGUACGAGCACACUUAGAACUGUCUUCCUGUGCUUGGGUUGGUUUGGGUUUGCGCCUAAUAUCCCACUGCUAUUCCAGUUGGGUUGGGAGCAUAGCCGGUGUUGUAUGCCACCUAGAGUAGAUCCGGGAUCAUUGCGUGGAAUCCCCUAUAGCGUGGUGUUGGAGAUGUUUUACGGUCCUCGAGUGUAGAUACGUUAGUAAUUGAAACGGAGAUAACAUCGCAGCGUCCGUGUAAUAAGGCUCAGUGGAGCGUUUCGACUAAGUUGAAUGUCUUUGUAUCCCCGAGGAAGACGGAUUUGGGGGGUGGGGGGGGGGGGGUAGUGAAUAUUGAUGAUUGGCGGAUCGUCCCAAGCUCCGUUUGAGAGUAUCGGGGUCUUCUGUUGAUAGGGUAUGGUAUUUGUAAUGUACUGGUACAGUACACGCGAUUUAGGACGUUCGCAGGGCGCUCCAUUUGCUCUGCAAUUAGCCCUCAAGGCAUUUACCAAUACCUGUCUGUAUCCCCAAGUGCGUCACGCCACCACCACUACCAAGGCUUCCAAUACAGCAGAAUGUAAUCCAAAGGCUUCGAUCACUAUACAACAAGGCUCCAGGCGGGUCUCGGGAAAGUCCCAAGGUGGUUAUUUCCGAUUGGACUUAGAGUUGUGCUGCCAGCUGUUAAAUGGGAUCAACAUCGAGUAAUAUGCACCUUUAAAGCCUCCCGGAUCCGGAUCCAAGGACCCAGUGCAAAGGACCAGGGUUAAUGACAUAUUAUCGUUCCUACAUUGUCAAAGUCCGUACCCCCGCGAUAAGUAAUUCAAUAGCAAACACGGUGCUCCACGGUAACCCCAUACCUAUACCCGCCACCCACCUAGUAGACUUGAGCGGAGCUCCUGCUGAGAUGCUAGAGUAAUCGAUUCCCUUUGUAUUGUAGUUAGUACAAGUAAAUCCUAAGCACAAUAUAAUACAGUAAUAAUAGCACAGAAUUACAAGGCCGUACUAGUACCAGAUACCAGUACUAUGUAUGUUGACCUCUUUUUCCUAUGAGGAAAAUUUCUCAUCUUGUGCCCCCAGCCCAGCAGCAUUCCAAAAAACACGGGACGACGACUUUGAACGCCAACUGCCGAGGAUCCGGCCGGCACCGCGACGACGUGCUUAUGCACGUUAAAAAAAUUGACCAAAAAAAAUAAACAGGCAGCCACCCGGUACACCGCAACCUAAACAUAAUACCGAUGACAUCAAUCAAAUCUUGGUGAUGCGUACCGGUAUCUGUCCACUUUAGUUAGGAUGAAACGAACAGCAGAUGCGCAGGAUGGGAUAGGGAAAAUAUUUUCGAAUUCUGUGAUCAUGACCUUGAUGAUUGGAUUCGUCUCCCGUUCUCUCAGGCACAUGGUACCAAGCUGAGACUGAUGGAGGGUCUGUCUGAGAACCCCAAUGCUAUCUAUGAGGGAAAAAAAGAAAUGGAGGGAAAAAAAAUGUUUACCGGGAGAGUGGCGUUGAAUUGAGAGGGGCGGAUGAUAAGGAAGAGAGAGAAAAAAAGGCUGG